AAAUUUUCCUGUCUGGAAUGUAAACAGCUUGAGGCCAAUCUAGCCUUUCUGCGCAAACUCGGCAGAAGCUCUCCUGUUCGGCAUCAUUUGUGUUUGUGGUCGAAGCAUUGAAUAGUGAUUAUUUUGAGGUUUAUCGCGAUUUCCAACCGUGUUAUGACACUUGGAAACACUUUGUGGAUUUCUUUCAAACAUUUGUGGAGUUAAAUCAAGGCUACAAGACUUUUGAAGGCAAGUAAAACGAAACGAAGUGAAACACAAUAACUUCGAAAAUAUGACUGCAGUGUUAUAUUUCACUUCGCGUAACAUCAAAACAGAUAUAUUUGGCUAUUUACUCUUACUGGUUGCAACGCACGUAAUAAAUAGUUCAAUUUGUGGUCUCUUUGUAAAGAUCGAAGCUUCAAUAUGAUGAAGUUAGAUCACCGAAAGGCUACAAAAAAUUGCUUCUACUAUUUUCAUAACAGAAUGUUUUGGCACAAUAUUCGAUAUAAAAGCAAUAUAGUGGCUUGGAAUUUAGAAAAUUAUUAAACGUACGUUAGAAAUUUUGGAAUGGAAUAAAGCUUAAUAGUUUAGAAACUAGACUUUCUUUUUAUAUUUAAAAGAAAUUUUAGUUUCGUAAUAUAUUUAGUCACCUAGUGUAGCGCCUUUGUUAUGAAAUAUAGUGAAAUAGUAAACUCGGUUUGUUUUGGCCAAGAAUAUUUAGGCUGCUGCGAUUUUUAAUAAUUUUUUUGUUAGCCUUUUACAGUUUUAGAUUGAAAUUGGGUAAUACUAUUUUAUAAAUUAGCUAUUUACUAGGGAUUUAUUUGCGUUAUUGUUUAUGAAAAAUUGCUCCUUUUUGCGAUAUUUUGAUUGAGUUUUUGAGUGCUAUAUAUUGAAUCAAGACUGUAUUAAAUUCCUUGUACUAUAUUUUGUAUAAUAAUGGUAUAACUUGCCUUAAUCGGUGUGGGAACCUCACAGUAUCUUAACAUUUUUAAGGACAGAUUUAUUGAUUGCACAAAUAGCAACAAAGGUUUUAGUGUUAUGUAACAGAUUAGAAUGAAUCAUAUUCUGUGAGUGAAAUAAAUGUAAAUAGCAUGUAAAAUGUUUGGGUCAAUGUCUGGGGUAUUCCCAUCAUACCCCUUAUGGAGAAGUUCUUUCUAUUCCUGCCCAACAUAUUCAUAUCUUAGCCGCUAUUUGUCAGAACCAGGCUGGUUGGCCAGUGUUGAUAUUCUAUGUCAUAUUGAUUUUUAUAUAUUUUCCAAGAUUGUAUUGUGAUCAGGCCAGCCUAGUUUGCUGACAACCUGUUUGAGUGAAACAGCUUUUCAGAAAUUAGUUUAGUUUUUACCCUGAAGAAUUUAGUAUAGUUCAUUGUAGGCAUAGAACACAUGACGAAUUCCACAAUGAAAUUGCCCCAUUAUGAAGCUUGAAGAAUUCUGAGAUGGUUGAUAUUGAGAGAGGAACAGCUCUUUAAUGGAAUAACCCUAUAUGGCUAACAAUCUGUCAAACAGCUGAUUUGUGUUGUUACAUUUGUGCCCUGAACAGGGAUGUAUGUUUGAAUGGAGAUGUCAUUGAUUAAGCCCUUGUCACCUCCUAACCCCACACCCCUUAAAAAAUCAGUAUCUACCUGUGGUUGUCUAUGGAAAGUUUUAGCAUUCUGUGUAAUAUUUAAAUUUAUUAGAAUGAAAUGACUAGAGAAGCUGUGAAAUUCUCUGGUUUAUAUGUGGGAUGACAAGUGUGGGUGUUUCUUGGAAUUAUGCCCAAUUGUUGUAUCCAACUCAAGUUCAUCUUCCUUUCUUUGCUUGAGUCUUUUGUGUGGGGUACAAUUUUCAUUGCCUAUUUCUUUGAUUUUAAAGCUGCUGGUUAAAUUAAAUCUGUUUUUCCACUUGUGGUAAAUUUGUUUGCAUGAUACGGAGCGAAGAAAAUAUUUAGUAACAAAAUUGGUUACCAAAAAAAUUACCUAAAAAAGGACCAAUAUAUCUUUUCUGUUGUGAUUUUUUUUGCUAACUAUCAGAAUGCAGAAAAUUUUGUCACUUCAAUUCACAUGAACCAAUUCAUCUGGCAAAAGAGCUUUUUAAGCAGUGAGUAUGCACCUAACCUUACAUCUACAACCACUUUCCAUAUGAGAAACUUGUUCUAUUUUUCUCUGGUCGAGGCAUGAAAGAAGUGAAAAAUGUUUUCUCGUGGAAAUAGGGAUAUAUAUUUAACAAUUAUUCGCCGAAGGCGAGGUGAUUAUCGGUGAAUAAAAACCGAGACGAAGUCGAGGUUUUUAUUCACGAUAAUCACCGAGCCUGAGGUGAAUAAUUGUUUUAGUAUAAUUUCAUAGGUGAUUAUUUGGAAAAAAAUUUAAAAUUGCACAUUUCUUCUUCUUUUAAUUGACAAAACGGCUUCGGCCGCCAUUUUGAAAAUCGCUUAGGUGAUUAUCGCGUAAUAAUCACCUCAACGGUAACCAAUCAGCGUGGAGAAUUUUCAAUAAUCACUUAUGUAAUUAUACUAAAAGGUGUUAUCCCUUUGUUAUUAAGAAAAGUUAAAGCGAGCAGCUUAGGUUAUGUAAUGUGUGUAUUGUAGUAAAACAAACAUUGUGUGAUAACUAAAUUAUAAGCUUGUGGCUGAUGCUGCAGCAGCACCCAGCGGUGUGUGUGAAAUGACCCUUGCUGGCAGUAUGUGAGGGAAGCAUGCUAAGGUAAUGUUGUUUGGUAAAUGGUGCAGUAGAGGAGCAUUGGUUAUUAUCUAACACCCGUACAAGACCAUCUCUAAAGAGCUAACAUGUACAGUAAACUCGAACAAUCUGGGCGAGUCAAGGUUAAGUACCAAAAACACCAGAAAAUUGAGAUGGAUAGGGAUUCAACCAACUUAAAAAGUACAAGAAGGCUAUUAACUUCUCCAUGAACGGCCUUUGCUUGAAACGUUGAAGGUUUACGUAUAUUUUCAGCUAGUUGAAUUCCUAUCCAUCUCAUUUAACAUGUACAGUAAUUUGAUCUCAAUAACCCAUAAUUUAAUAAUCAGGGUGUGCCGGGUUAAUCACCUGUGCAUUUCAUUGUGUAUAUGACAUUUCAUAAUUAUUGUUUCUUUAUUUUUGCAGGUGUUAAUUAUUUGUUAUUCAAUGCUGAAUGGGUCAAUAAGUUAAAAUGACGCUUUUGUGUGACACAAGUGAAGAUCAAAAAACAGGUUAAAGGCAUGUCACACUUCAACGGAGGAAUAGAUAUUGAUCAUUUAUCAGGACCAAAGGUAAUAUCAGGACCAAAUUUAUAAUUCUUUGGCUUCUUCCAAACUAUGAAUGGAAUGGUGUUCAGUUGGUAUCCACUCUUUGUUCAAAAGAAAGUACUGUUAGUGAUGAAAAUCGAAUUCUCUCAAGCCUUUACUGUGAUGUUUAAUAUAAGACCUUUGUUUGUUGAUUUCACUGCAGCCAUCACAACAGCCACUCAUUUAAAAUAGAAAAAAUACUUCAAGAUGUUUAUAGCAAAGGCCCUUUGUCCUGCUAUCUCUUCUGAUCAAGGGCCUUUGCUUGAGAUAUUUUCCACAUAUUAUUGUUUGGGAUUUCCGGCAAAGCUCACCAUGUAGGAUAUGCUGUUUUUGUAUUUAAGCUAAGGCAGUUAUCAAGAAAAAAAGCCAAUGAAAAUAACUUUCUAAAACUUUCACAUCCAUAAUAUAAUUUCAAAAUGUUUUAAUUUUUUUUAAUUCUAUGGGAUUUAAUAUGUAAAAGGUACAAUAUUAAAAAGAAUUUGUUGUCAUUUAUGUAUAAACCAAUAGCUUGAAGAUUAGCAGUAAAACUGCCUAAAAACGUUGACAAAACAAUAAAAUAUUACACCUUCCAUACAAUCCUGUAGCUUACUAAUCAAAAGCUCUGCAAAUAAUAAAUUUACAUAACAUGGUAUUUCCACAAACCAUAACUGAGAGAAACUAACCUAGUUUAUUAUUCUGUACAGCUGAAUGGUAGCUUACCAAACCUGCUGACAUAUGAGAAUGGCAAUGUCGACAGAGAUCCAAAUGACCAGUUUACAGAUGAUAUGAGAAUACAAAAUGGGGCUUAUACCAAUGGUUAUUUACAAGAUGGACAUGUAAGAAGCUAUAGUAUAGAACCUAAUUAUCCUCGCACUAUGCUUGCAUUAUUUGAAGUCAAAUUCUACAGUAGUAAAUUAGUAAAUACUGAGCAUUACAGUUGAUUGCAUUGGCAAACGAUGCUUGCUUUAUUAGUAGAUCAAAACUUCAAAAGGCAUGGCCUAAUGGUUUGCCUUAAUUAAUGUGCCUUUUUUAAUCCUUUCCUUCCUGACAAGCUCAAACCAUUAAAUAUUAUGUGUGCAACAGGACUUAUUGAUCUAGAUGAAUUAAAAUGUUAAUUGUCUGCAGAUCAAGGAUUUUAGAUACAGUAUACUGUAAUAUCAUUAAAAGCUCUCUUCAUGAUCACAUUUUCUGAGGUUGUGCUUCCUCAGCACCCCCAGAGAAGCAGCAUCAACCAGUGCCAGUGGCAAUGCAUAUUAAGAUUUUCAUGAAAGGCUGUCAGGUUAGUUAACAUAGGUUUCACAUAAGAUCAUAGGCUUCCGUUAAGAGUCUCUGCGUCAUAUAUGCUUAUAGGAACCAGUGAGUACAUUUGCAGUGGUGCUUGAACUAGCUGAAAAUGAGAAACGGUUUGGUUUCUCCGUUGUUGGUGGAGUUGAUGAAGGCUUCAGACCUCGCAUUGACGAGAUUGUUGAAGGUAGUGUUCUUAGACUUGUUUAAUUUAAACUCCACAUUUUUGGAGGGAGAUGGCCUGGAUAUUUCUUCAAUAUUCUAUUUCCCCCGUAGGAUUGCCAGCAGCAAAAAUGGGCAUCAGAAUUGGAGAUGAGAUAGAGAAGGUCAACGAUAAGUCUGUCCGUUAUUCAACACAUGCACAGAUUGUGACAACUAUCCAUGAGGUAAGGAUAUGAGUCUGUAUGAUGAGAUCAGGUGUCUGUCAUUGUAUCCAAUUUUUCUGUUCUAUCUGAUGCGAAAAUGAGAUCACACAGAGAACAAUGAGUUUACAGUAACACAGUUUGAUUAAAAGUUUGAACAAGCUUUCGUACAUUGAUAGGGAAGCAACUACCUGUAAAAUAUAAGGAGAAUGGACCAUUUGCAUUUAUAGACUAAAUUUUGGUCUUGACAAAAAGUUUCAUCACAGCUUGAAAGAGCAUCACAAAAUUAGUAAUAUUCCAAAGUUUCGUUGCCAAAUGUUGUAAAAUGCGGAUAAUAUAGCCUUGCGAAAUUUGCAAUUUUCAGUCAUUUUGUAUUACAAACGGGAAAUUGAUGCCCCAACACCCGAUUGGGCUGUCAAUUUCGCGUGCGUACAGUAAUACAAAAUGACUGAAAAACGGCAAACUUCGUAGGGCUAUAUUAUCCGCAUUUUACAACAUUUGGCAACGAAACUUUGGAAUAUUACUAAUUUUGUGAUGCUCUUUCAAGCUGUGAUGAAAGUUUUGUCUAGACUUGUCUAGAUCAAAAUUAAGUCUAUAAUGCAAAUCGUCCAUUUCGACGUUUCGAGCGAAGGCACUUCGUCUGGAGUUACUAGCCAGUGGUCUUCGUGGCUGGUAACUUCAGCCCAACGCUCCCUACCAACGAAAGUUUGUUCAUAUUAUUGGCACUACCCACCCUGGCACAGGCAAUUCAAGAUUCUAAUUUUGUAUUUUAGAGUGUCAGACAAGGUGAAAUAACACUGACAUUGCGACGAAUAAAUCUCCGUAUGCCAGGUAUUCAUUUUCAAAUGAAGUAUUUACGAGCAAUAAAGGAAUUAAUAUUUGGUUGUCAUAAGGGCGUGGUCAGAUAAGAAAAUACUGUAUACAACGUACAUGAAAUAAAGUAGCAAACAAACUCCGAACAGAAAUUCCAUCUUGAAACUUAAUAUUUAAGUAGAGCAAGAGGACACAAUAUGCAACAGUGAUAUUUCGAAUUUAUUGCAAAUUCAUCAUCAGACAUGACAAAACAGAAACUAAGACAAAUAAUGUUGUUCAUCAAUCUCUCCACUAGAUGAUUUUUGUUGUGGAAACACUGUUUCUUUUAUCUUGGUUGUCUACUUUCGAAAAACAUGAUGAGAACACAAUAUUUCCUGGUUUGCCCACCUUGGUUUGUUUGCCUUCGGGAAACAUGGCUAGGAGAACAAUGUUUCUUGAACAAUAUUUUCAAAACUUAAAAUGGGUAAUUCCAUGGUAGUGAUGACAUUUUUUGAGAAAAAAAGUUGCCAAGAAUUUUCAGAAGCUAUUGCAAACAAUUCUGAACUGAAAUAUUAAGUUGUACUUUAUAUGUAACAUGAGUCACGUAACAUGAGUCACGUGUAUUAUGUAGCAAACCUUACUGUUGUAAUCCUUAAUAUAAAAUUUCUUUGUGUUGGUAGUUUGCCUAACAUAUCGUCUGUUACUUGAUAGACAUUGUAUGUUUCUCCUUCCCAUGGUUCCCGAAGAAAUUCAAAAGUAGUUACGUUGGUGUCACUUCAUGUCACUUUGUCGUAACAUGAGUCACACACCAAUUUACGGCCACCAAUCUUAUCAUGUUAUAAUCAAAUGUUUAAUUUUUACUGUGAAUCAGUAGCUUACCAUUAUUUGUACCUGGUUGCAAAAAUGUGACAGAAAAAAAUAUAUUAGUUAUUACACCAGGUCAAAAUUACUCUGAUAGUUUGGUUCAGAAUGUAACAUGAGUCACCAUGGAAUUACCCAAAAGUGUUUUCUUCCCUAGAUAACACGAAUAGUUUACCCGUGCGAGGACAUCGUAGCCACCGGAAUAAUAAUGUGAACGACCUCCACGCAAACAUGUCGGAGAAAACGCGCGAAAAACUCGAGAACAUCAUUCUCAACCGAGGACCUCGGGCACAUAACGGCGGCCGACCACCGUCGCACGAAAGCACCCCGACAGGUAGCCUCGAACACUCUCGUAAUGGCGGUCGGGAUUCUCCGCGAAACAAAAUGUCUCCGACCGGUUCCUACACUUCCGGUUCAACGUUGAGUCUAAAUCACCAUGGCAACAGCAACUCGUCACCACUACGGACAAUCGAUCAUGCGUUUGUGGGUAUGGAUAACUAUGGAUAUGAGUGGCGGAAAAGUCAUUACGGGGUAACUGCUCCUGCAUACAACGAGGCCAUUCAUGGUCCCUCACGUAGGUCGCAUAUAAGUUCUAUUGGUUCAGAAGAUACCAUUGUUCCAAUUAUGGAUUCUAAAGGUAUGUUUUCAAAGAAUCCAAUGUUACAUGGGAUAUGCAUAGUGACGCAAUGAUGUUGCACGAAAAUUGACACAUAUAAUACAAUGAUUCUUGUCCACCGCGCAAACAACCAAUACGAAAACUUGUUGUAGCAAAAUUUUCCCCUUAAUGGGUGACUAGGAAGAACCGUAUAGAACUGAUGGACUUAUCUUGUAUAAAUAGAGGAGCUAAACCAGGGUUAUAAUACACCCUUCCGGAAAGUACGUCAUCUUGGCUAUAUUUUAUUUAUAUAUUUAGCUUUGCCAAAUACCAACUAGGAAUAGCAUAUGGCCAAUUACUGUGGGACCUUUUUACCUAACCCACCCUGUCAACUUUCCCUGUGGGAGGAAACCGGAGUACCCGGGGGAAACCCAGGACUUUCGGCAGAGCGUUGACUUUUACUCUUUUCACAUGAGGACUGGGUUCGAGUCGCAUUGGGUGAGGAAAAGCAAGUGCGCUAACCACUUCGUCACCGAAGCCCUAUCUUUCCUACAUCUAUAAAGCCUUGUUUUCGUGACUGAGAAAUCAGGCUUUAAAUAAUGUCACAUGUAUGCACGAAAACGAGGUUUUAUAGCCAAAGUGACGCACAUUCCGGAAGGGUGUAUUAAAUUAGUUCAGUUGAAUUUAUGCAUGGAACAGAAGAACAUACUUCGCGCAAAUUCAUGUACAGUUCAGUACUUCAUGUACAGUUCAGUACUUCAUGUACAGUUCAGUACUUCAUGUACAGUUCAGUACUUCAUGUACAGUUCAGUACUUCAUGUACAGUUCAGUACUUGCUUCAAAGUUCUACAAUACAUAAAUACCAGUGUUUAAAAUGUAUAAUUAUAUUGUGUGUUGUGUGUUAAUAUGCAAGUAAUGAUAUCGUGCAAUUUCUAGAUUGUCAAGCAGUAAUUGCUACUUUAAUGCGACAUGCUACGAAUGAGAACGACGAUCAAUUAAUGGAUGAUUUAAGAAUUUUAGAAUCAAGUCUGCACACGAGACACUUUCGAAAUGCCUUGUCGGUAAGAUAUACAAUAUUAUAAAUUGUUUUAUUUAAUCGCAGUUUCUUUAUAUAUUUCACUAUGUAUGUUCCUGUGUGCAAUAGCUAUAGCUGCAGGUUUCAUUCGCUGUAGGCAAAGACCCGUGCCACGCGAAUCAAUUCAGACCUAGAAAAAGAUUUUUUUCCUGGCAGCAAAAUCACAAAAUUAAAAUUUCCUGUGUAAACCAAAUGUAAGACUUUCUGCAUAGCUUGGUUUCAGAUAGUGUGCUGUAGUGCUGUACUACUACUACUACCAUCAAUCUCAACACAUGACAAUUUCAUUUCUAAAAUACAUUUUGGAAUUUUGAAUCAACAAGCAAAUUGUAUGCCAUUUCAAUAUACAAGAUGACAAAAAAUUUCCUGGUGGAUGUAAGAAAGAUAUUUUGUUAAAAAUUUCCUGGUGGAUAUACUGUAAGAAAGAUAUUUUGUUAAAAAUUUCCUGGCAGUAGUGGCGCUGCUGGACAUUCUCCAGCACUGGUUGCAUUUCUCGUAUUUUAGGUGCAAUGUAAAAUAAUGGAGAUGGAGAACGAAGGAAGGGGACCUCAUUUUGUAAACGCACAACGUGACGACGCAUCUGUCAUUCGAGCGCAGGUAAUCAUGUGCCGUUCAUUACGUCAAGUUUUAAUUACAAAUAUGCAAGAAACAAUGCAAUGAAUAAAAACUGACUUUGGUUUCAUUUAGAUUACGAAUUUCAUUGCCAACCAACGAGUGUUAUCUAGCGAUGCAAGAGAACUUGCCGAAAUUUUAGACUCUGUUGACGUAAAGGUACCUAUCUUUUUAAAUGCCCGCAUUAGAUGUAUAAUUCGCAUGUUUGGAAUCAUUCUGCUUCAGUAUAAUACAGAUUCCGCGUUGUAUAAUCCCCUAAUCCUAAAUUUAUACAUACUACGCUGCACGUAGCUCGAAUCCUGUCAUUGCGUGCAUUAUUCUAUGCAGGAAAAAUCUACAAAAGGCCUGUAUUUCAAGGGCCACCGAGGGCCAUCUAGGCCCCUGGGCAAAAAUUUGGGGACGCCAUAAAACUGUUUGUGGCCCUGGGCAAUUAUAGUCCCCACUUUUCGGCGACCCUGACACUAAUAUUGAGAAGCAAUCGUUUAAUACAAAACCCUUAUUUCAGGAACUGCUAAUGGCACACGACAGAGCAGCUAAAAUAGAUCGUCCGAACUUCACCGAAAGUGAACCGACCGCUGGAUUCGAUCGUAGCGACAGUUACCGAGUAUCUCACGAUCGUAUCUCGGCGGACCGAAUAUCCACCGAGGAAGAUGAACAGGUGAAAAUUGUUAAAAUCGAAAAAGCUGACGAACCGCUUGGAGCAACAGUCCGCAACGAAGGGACAGCAGUUGUUAUUGGAAGAGUUGUUACUGGUGGUGCUGCGCAGAAAAGCGGUACGUUUGACUUUGGCAUGGUGUUGUUAUUGUAACAAAAAUGUUCAUUUCCAUUCCUGCGUCGAGCAUUAGUCUGAUUUAAUUAUUCCACCACGCCAUCUGCGUUUUGUGAAAGAGCGAAGACUCCUUUAAUUUCCUCUUAUAAUUAUAGUUAUCCAAUAUAAGGGGCUGCUUACAAUAUGAUCCCACUUUGCCGGGACAAGAUGGAAGGCAUGAUGGUUUUUACAUUGUUUUUUUUUACAUCAUAAGGCAUAAUCAUCCUUCCUCUCAUCUCGUCCCGGCAAAGCUCGAUCAUGUAAACGGAUCGCAAAAGGUUAAUUUUCGUUUACUAUUCGGAUCUUGUCGUAUGAGUUUGUCUCCUGAUUCAUCAUCUUAUUCCAGGUCUUCUCCGCGAAGGAGAUGAAAUUAUCGAAAUCAACGGAGUGAACAUGCGCGGCAAAACCGUGGAAGAAGUUUGCGAGUUGCUUGCAGAUAUGAAUGGAACAUUAACAUUCUUAAUAAAGCCUUCGAAUAAAACGCAACAUAAUUUGUAUACAUCAGCUGAGCUACACGUGCGAGCAUUGUUCGAUUACGAUCCAAAUGAUGACGAAUUCAUACCGUGCAGGGAACUGGGUCUAGGGUUUUCAAAGCGAGAUGUUUUGCAUAUUGUGAAUCAAGAGGAUACGAAUUGGUGGCAGGCGUCGAGAGAGGGGGCGUCUGGUCAAGAGCUGGCUGGCUUGAUACCAGGAAAGAAUUUCCAAAAACAGUAAGUUAUUAGACACCUUAAGAUUGACGUUUACGGCAAACGUCAAACCGCUAGCGAUGUUUUUUUAUUUUACAACUCUAUUACAACAGCUUUUACACCAGUUUUGAAAUAAUGUUAAACAAUUAUGAAACUUGUGCUUUUUAGCAAUGAUUUAAGAAAGCAAAUUAACCACUAGUCAUGUAUUCACCCGAAAGCAGUAAAUUAAGAUUUGUCGUUUGAAGUUAACGUUUGACGUAUAAAUUUCGUACUUGAACUGCUACGAGGGCUUGUAGUCGUUCAAGCAUGGAAUUUAUACGCCAAACGUAAACUUCAAACGUCAAAUCUUAAUUUACUGCUUUGGUGAAUACAUGACUAGUGGUUAAUUUGCUUUCUUAAAUCAUUGCUAAAUACCACAAAUUUAAUAAUUGUUUAAUAUAUUUCAAAACUGGUGUAAAAGCUGUUAUAUAAUAGAGUUGUAAAAUCAAAACUUCGCUAGCGGUUUGACGUUUGCCGUAAACGUCAAUCUUAAUGUGUCUAUUGUGUCUUUUUGUUUGCAGCCUGAUUGAAAAAAAAAAUGUAAAUCAGUCUACGUGAAGCUUGAACGCUUAUAACCUUCAUAUUGUUAAUGUGAUGCUCUUUCGCAGUUGAGCGACAAAAUGUGGUACACUUAUACUCACCCCAGGACACGUGUACCACAGCUUGCGAUUGCGUUUCAUCAACUUACAUGAGGGGAUUUUUGGUUGGGUUAGGUAUCAGAUUGUGAUUGGGGUCAAAAUCAACUUAAUUAAUACCCGUCAGUCUAAUGGUAAUAUGAAUAUACAUGUAUUUCUCUCUGAUUGUGACCCCAUGUAGUCCCAACUCUAUCCCUAACCCCAACGCUUUUGUGACCGUAACAUAACGAUACAUAUAUAACCAAACCAAUUACUGUGCUAACAUUACUUUUGCUAUCGAAAAUAGAAUAAGUUUGUACAUCUCUGACUGAUCACAACUUUAAAUUUCAGGAGAGAAGAAUUGAAGUCCAAAGGAAAGAAGGAAGAGAAAAGAAAACGUAAGCGACAUUUACCAUUCAUGCACUUGUCGUGGAAAAUCUGGUGAACGAAGUUUGUUGAAUAUCUUCUUUAUUUUGCAGCCACAUCUUGUGGAUGUUUUGGGAAAAGUCGAGGGAAGAAAUCUUUACGAAAUAGUGAAAGUGAAGGUGUGUUUUUACUCUUAAAUACAGCAGCAUUUUGUUGGUGAUCAGUGGUCAGUUUAUGCGCCUUUUACUUCUCCGACCUGAGUGCUUUUCCUGAAAUACACAAUUGUCAGAUUAUAAUCGGUCGCAUGUAAGAAUAAUGCUUCCAGUUUAACUCUACUAAGCAUCGCAGGUUUUCUCCUUGUACUCCAUUUUCCUCUUGUGUGCCACUGGAGCAGCAAGGAAUGGCGCUCACUGGACCUCUAGGAAGAACAGUUUAGAACUGAUAGAACUAUCCAGUGUAAAUAAAGUUAGUUUAGUUUAGGUUUCCUCUUGUAGUGACACUGGAGCAGCAAGGAAUGGCGCUCACUGGACCUCUAGGAAGAACAAUCUAAUAAAUAAAGUUAGUUUAGUUUAGGUUUCCUCUUGUAGUGCCACUGGAGCAGCAAGGAAUGGCGCUCACUGGACCUCUAGGAAGAACAGUUUAGAACUGAUAGAGCUAUCCAGUGUAAAUAAAGUUAGUUUAGUUUAGGUUUCCUCUUGUAGUGACACUGGAUCAAUAACAGAUGACUCCUACUCGACCUCUAGGACGUUCUUUGGAACUGAUAGUGCUAUCCAGUAUAAAAUUGUUUAAUUCAGCUAAUAUGUUUGUUUGUUUUAGAUGAAGACGAAGUUCUCACGUAUGAAGAAGUGGGUCUACUUCAACCAAGUAGAAAUCAAAAGAGGCCAAUAGUAUUGAUUGGUAAGAUGAUAAUUAGUAAUAAUGUUCCAAGAAUACGAAAAUAAGAUUAUCACAUCAAUUACUAAACGCAUACAUCAUUUUCUGUUAGGUCCAACCAAGAUUGGCAGACGGGAACUUCGACAUCGUUUGUUGCAAGUUGCGCCAGAGAGAUUUGGUUCAGCGGUUCCUCGUAAGUAAAUAAAAAUGUUAAAAAUUGUGAUGUACGUGAAAUGACGGUAAUCUGCUUUCCUCCUGUCGUUCAUACACGUAAGAACUUGUCAACAAGAUGUUUUCGCAACAAGCUUGUAGCAAGCUUAUCAACAAGUUGUAACAAUGUUGUAAUUUGCUACAAGGUUGUUACUCACACAACUUGUUAACAAGUUACUGAAUUGCAGGAUGAUGACAAGUUGUUUGGAACAACUUGUAACAAGCCUGUUGAGCUCAACAGCCUUGUAGCAAGUUGUCAACAAGCCGUUGCCUACUUGUCAACAAGCUGGGAACAAGCAGCGCGAACACAUCCUGAUAACAGGUUGUUGAAAUAGCAUUGAUACAAGUCUGCUGCAGGUUUGCAACAACUGGUGGAUUUUUUCGUGUGUAGAUUAGUGUUGCAUGGUUUCAAAACAUUUGAAGACGGUUUCUUCCGAACCGUUUUAAACCUCCACACUUACACAUAAAAUAAUUUCUUUUCUUGUCAGACACGAGCAGACGUCAGGACAAAGACGAAGUGAAUGGUAAGGAAUAUUACUUCAUAACAAGAAAUCAUUUCAAGGAAUUUGUUUCGAGUGGGAAGUUCGUAGAACAUGGUGAAUAUGACGGACAUUAUUACGGAACAUCGCUGGAUUCCAUUAAAGAAGUUAUAGACAGCGGGAAAGUCUGUGUUGUUAAUCUACAUUGUCAGGUAAACAAUACAUACAACUAUCUGAAAAAUAGAAAAUAUACAAAAGUACAAAGUUCUUUUUGUAUUUUUUAGGCAGUUGUAUGUCCUACAAGACUGCUGGGGGUAAUUCCAGCUGUGGACUAAAUUUUGAUCAAGGCAAGAAGAACGAAAUCCAACACCACAGCUAGAAAGAGCAUCUUAGGAUGAGUAAAACUGCGAAGAUUGGUUGCUAAAUGUUGUGAAUUGAAGAAAAUAUAGCCCUGUGAAGUUCGCAAACUUUGUAUAUAUAUAUAUACAAAGAUAACUAAAUAUAUAUAGGCAAAAAUAACCACUUUCGGCUCAAAAAUGGUUAUUUUCUCGCGCGUAAUGCAAAUAUAUACAAAAUUUUCGAACUUCACAGGGCUAUAUUUUCCUCAUUUGAAAACAAUUCGCAACCAAACUUUGCAAUUUUACUCAUUUUAAGACGCUCUCUCCAGCUAUGGUAAUGGAUUCUUCUUGUCUAGAUCAAAAUGUCGUCUAUAUAGCUGGAAUCAUCCAUUAAUAACUUCCAUAUAUUAAUAGUUACUCAAAUACAAACAACUGCAAUCUUAAUGUAGAUUACUUUUUACAUUAUCCGGAUUAUAGCACUUACUCUAGCUCUUGCAGGCAAUCCCUGUGGGAAUGUUUGCUGAGAAAAAACACAUGAUUUUAGACAGGGCUUUGGUUAACUUUAUCUUCAUAAAGCGACAAUCCUAUCAUAUAAAUCCACUCCACGAUUUUGAAAAUUAGUAUGCUAAAGCGUUUCAUAAACUUUGCCCAAUCAUUAACGUAUCUUUUUUUUACAGGCUCUCAAAGUUCUUCGUGAUUCAAAACUCAAACCAUACGUGGUCUUCAUAUCUCCACCCAAUGUCGACAAAAUUAAACGUUUGAGGAGAGGGAACAUGGAUUCCUUUAAUCCAAAUGCUAAACUGAGCAGUGUAAGUAGAAAUAAUAGUGCAUUUCUUCAUUUAAAACAGUACCGGACAAUUCGCGGAAAUAUUUGGAGGGCGAAUUUAGGUUGCCCACAUAAUUAUGACCACCUUAUAUGAUUUCGUUGUGUUUUGAUUUUAAAGAGUUUGAGAAAUUAGUUUGUUGAAUUACUGUAAUAAUCAAAUUAAAUAUUUUAAUUGUCAAAUUAGGACGAGGAGCUUAUUGACAUGGUAAUGAGCGCUCAAGAAAUGGAGGACAAUUAUGGUCAUUAUUUCGACAAAAUUAUCGUGAACACGGACCUAGAACGAACAUUUGAUGAACUAAUAAAAGCGAUCAAUGAAAUCGAGGCGAAACCGCAAUGGGUUCCAAUACGCUGGGUUCGGCCCAAAUAAAUCAAUUUGUAGGUUGUAUUUUUUACUCAUAUACAUAUAUAUAUAUAUAGAUAUAUACUUAUACAGAUAUACAUAUAUUUGAAUAUUAACCCUGACACACAGGGUAUCACUAAGCACUGUCGUGCAACAGAUGGGUCAACAAACAGCUUGAGAGAAUGGAAGCCAAAGAAUAGAGCGUUUGCACAUGACGUCACAGUCGCCAUGUUGGUGUUCUAAUUCAAAAUAAUUUUAAUUAGACUCUUUUGUCUGGAACACCAACAUGGCCGCCGUGGCUUUUGUUGAGUUGGUCCCAGAGGAAUGAGUGCAAACCCUCUAUAGAACCACACAAGGAAGUACUGUACAUACAGAGGUCUCAUUUCAGGGUAAUUUACUGUAAGAGAUUUUUUUAGUUCGCCAUGUUCUUAGCGAGUGCCCUAAAGAGAAGGCCGUCAGGCUCCUGAAAACAUAUUGAAAUUUAAGUUCAAAUCCUGGUGGGUGAAUGCCUCUCGCUAAGAACAUGGCAGUUGUAUUUUGGUAAAAAUUACCUUACGGUUUUCCCGCAGAAGCGAGACCUCUGUAUAUAAGUACUCUGUGAUAGAACUGCGAAGUGUAUCGCAGAUAGUUUCAACAGUUUUAAACUUGACCACAGUCUGCUGUCAGUAAUGUUUACUGAGACCCAACAACACAGGGACUCAUAUUGAUGGCUAAAGAAGAGGGUUUGUUGAUGAUAUUUUGAAAGAAAAGAUCAAGUGUAUACAAUUUUAAAAUCUUACCUAGAAGGGAGUUACGCUCACGUCCUAAGCAUUGUUGCGCUAACCAACAUGUAUAAAUAACAUUCAGUAGAAAAUUCGUUAUUUUAAUUUUAUAGCAAUCUAAUUAUGUAGAACCUGUUUUUAAUGGUAAAAGAAAUGGCCUCGUUGCCAUGCUGAUAUUUAAAAGCAUUUCAACUUUAGAACGAGACUUAGUUGCGCCUAAUUUAUAUUAACAUUGAAGAAUUGUAGAUCAGCAGCUAUUCGUGAAAGUGCCCUAUCUUUGUGAAUGUUAAAAUACAUAUUGGACAUCAAGGUUUUCUUUUGCCAUUUUACAAACUGAAGUGGGAGGUAUUCGCUUAAUAUGUGCUUCAGUUGCGUGUUUCAUAUUGUGCUGAAACUCCCAUACUUUAACUAUAUAGGUGUUUAGUAUAAUCGCUGCCAAGAAUAUACAUAUAAAAUUAUUUUUGUAAUCAUUAAUCUAUUAAUGCACGUUUGUACCAUACCCACACUAUGCAUUAAUUCGCAUUUAUAACAAUAUAUACUGAGGAAUUAAUUAUAUGAUGAUAAUUAGUGCAAUGUCAUGCAAAGAAUUAAUUUGAUGUAAUGUUUCGAAUGUUCGUAGUAAUAAAGUAAUAGUUUUCAAA